AUGUUGCGCGUCCUUGCGCCGCUCCGCCCCUCCUUCUUCGCUCAGAAGCUCGGCGGCGGACGGCCCGGCGAGGUCUCGUUCUGCCCCGCGCUCCUCCACCUCGUCCUCCUCUCUGCUCUCCUCUCAAUUCCGACGACGAUUGCGUGCGUGGCGAGGCUCCUUCCGGCGCUCGCGUCCUUCUCUGUGGGCGCGGCGCUGCAGCAGGCGGAGGUACUCUUCCCGCGGGGGAUAGAGCUCAUCUUCAACGGCUCCAGCGCGCAGAUCCGGCCAAUCGCGCCGGCUGCCGACGGCGCACCCGCGCGCGACGUGGCAGAGGAGGAGGCAGGCGCGGACGACGACGAGUUCGUGUGCUGGGAGACGGACGGCGCGAGCUGGUGCGCCGCGUCCGCAGGCGAGGGUGAGCUCACGCCCAUCCUCCUCCGCCUGCCGCCGCUGCUGUACGACCUCUUUUACUCUGACCUCCCGCCGCCGUUUGGCGCUCCGCCGGCGAGGGUGUGCGCGCCGCUGCUCGGCGAGGACGAGGACCGGCUGCUCGACCCGUACCCGUUCGUGAAUGAGUUUGCCGCCGGCCAGGAGGCCGAGGCGCGGCGCGGCCUCCGCUCCCUCCUCUGGGGCGCCGGCUGGGAGCGCACCUCUGUCCUCGACGCGAGGCCGCACCAGGACGUGCGCCGCUACCUCGAGGCGCUCGAGUCGGCGGGGCUGGUCGCGCCCGCGGCGCGUGGCGACGGCGGCGAGGAGCGCGCAGCCGUGCGCAGGCGGAUGCUGGGGCUGCGCGCGAGCGUGGCCAUCUCGCCGGGCGAGGUGCACGUGCUGCAGGGCUUUACGCCGCACUUUGGGCAGUAUUGGCAGUACGAGCACGCGCCGGUGCUCCCGCUCCGCACCACCAAGGUCGAGGUCGAGUCUGGGAGUCUCUUUGGCGCCGCCGCCGCGCACCGGCCAGUUGGGCUCGCCCUCUCGAUGCUGUGCGAGGAGCAGGUCGGCAGCGGCGAUCCGAAGGGCGGAGGCGGCGCAGAGGCGGCGGCCGUGGUUUGCUCUCGCGAUACGGCCGCCGCGGCGACCGACGCGUUUCGCUCUUCCUACCCGCGGCUGGUUGCUCUGCUCGACGGCGCCCCCGGGCUCCUCGUGCCGCUCGCCGCGGCAACUGUCGGGCUCGUGGGGAUCGGGCGGCAGCUGCUCUACACGCUGCCCACCUUUGCGGCCGUGCACGUGCCUGCCGUCUACCUGACCGUCAACUUGCUGCGGCACGUCGACACCGCGCCGACGCCCGUCCGGGUGGCGGCCACCCUCGCCGCGUACGGCGCCACGCCGCUGCUGCUGCUGGACGAGGCGGCGUCGCUGAGCGCGUCGCUCCUCGGCUCGCUCCGCCCGCUGCUGGCCGACGGCGCCUUGCUCUGCGGCGCUCUCGGCGGCGCGGGACACGCCGCUUCGGCCUCGAGCCACGGCGCGCUGCAGGUGGAGUACGUCGAGCCCGGCUCGCUUGCGGCGGCGGCCGGACUGCGCGCAGGCAGCCUCUGCAUGGCGUCUCGCGGCGAAGUCAUCCUCGCCCUCAACGGCGCCCCGGCGGUCCGCGGCGCCGUCACGUCUGCGCAGGAGAUGCGCGCCGCGCUGCAGGGCUCUCUCCUCGACGGGGCUCUCGGCUGGGCCGAGGCUGCUGUGCAGUGGCUCAGUUCGGCGUUUUGGCUUCGGCUGCUCGGGCUGUGCGGCUGGUGCUGCUACUUGCGAUGGCACCUGAGGGCGCGGGAGCGCGAGGCCGACGGCUCGAUGCGGUUUGUCCACCUCGAGUGCAUCGACACUUGGAGGCGCACGUCGGCGAACCCGCGCUCCUACUACCAGUGCGACAAUUGCCUCUACCGCUACUCGUUCCGACGCGCGCUCUCCCGCAUGCUCUCGCUCGAUCUAUCCGAUUAA